GAGGGGAAGUGGGAAGGGGGAGGACCGGUGGAAGGUGUGUGGGAGGGGUCAAGGAUACAGAGUGCCUGUCAUCUCCAUGACGCGGACAGCUGGUUCGGUCGUAUUUUAAAUGAAAUCGCAUCCCAGUGUAGACACCACGUCUGGAAUUACAACCCACCCCGUGAUCUGUCACUUUUAUAUAUAUGCACGAGGGAGUGGAGUGGUUUCCAUAGAGAGGGACGAUCACGGCCCACUUGGGAACAAUACAAGGAAAGAAAGAGCAGUGACCCCAGCCGGGACAGAAGUUCAAGGGGGAUGUUUCUGGGGCAGAUCUCCUGGUCCUGAAGCGGCUGCCCCCCUCACUGAGCAUUUCCACUGCGGAGGGAAGGCCACUCACAGGGAGAGAUGCUGAAGCCAGCCCACUUCCUGCUGCUGCUGCUGCUGCUCCCGGGGGCCCCCAGGCUAGGCCUCCCCCAGAAGUUCUACAAAGCCAAGUCCUUGGUCAGCUGUAUCAACACAGCCCUGCCGGAGGCCAAGCAGAGCCCGCUGGGGGACGCACCGCUGCUGAGCAAGAGAAGCUUCCUCUACCUGCCCAGCCAAGACCCAUCCUCAGGAGAGGACGAGGAGCGGGUGCAGGAGGAUGAGGACAAGAAGAAGAGGACCUUCCCCAGCUCCGGGGGUGGUGGCGGGGCCGGAAGUGGCCGGUACAAACACCUGUCCCCGGUGCAGCCCAGGGGAAGGCCGUCCCAGGACAAGGCCAAGAGCGAUCGGCGCACCAAGUUCACUCUGUCCCUUGAUGUUCCCACCAACAUCAUGAACAUCCUCUUCAACAUCGCCAAGGCCAAGAACUUGCAGGCCAAGGCGGCUGCCAACGCACACCUGAUGGCACAGAUUGGCCGGAAGAAGUAGAAGCAGAGGCCGGCGGGAGGAAGCGCACGGUUAAGGGCAGGGGCGGAGGUCGGGCCAGCUGCUCCGUAUAUUGAGGGAUGGGUCCAGCUCUCCAUGCUGCUUCACUGCUCGCCCCCUCCGCUCCUCCUCUGCCCCCAGCCAGCUCCCUCCUCCCCUGCACACAGACACAGAAGAACAGCACUGCCACCCUGCACAGACGGGAGGCCCGUAACCCCUCUCCCUACAUUUGAACUCUCCUUCCUCCUUCCCCGUGACAGGAGACAAAGGUCCUGAGGUCCCGCUCUCCAUGCUCCUCCUCCACGCCCCGCACACCAGCCCAGCCAGGAGAGGCGUCGCACCGCUCACCGUCCUGACUUAGGGCCCCUUCCCUUCCCUCUCUCCCCCAUUAAAACCAAUGGCUUCUGCAA